UAGAACAAAAACAGUGAUUUUAUUUCGAUACGAAACAGUGUUGGCAUCUUCUGCAACACCAUCCAUGUCUUCGAUUGUAACAUUGGUAUUCAAAUCCACUAUCGGCUUAAUUGUGAAUAAGGGCAGAGAUAAAGCGGCAAAGCAACUUAAAGAUGGCGAUGUAAUAGACCAAAAGUUUCGUUCUCUCAUCGUGCGUGAAAUCGACGAUGUCAAGUCAAGGUUGGAUGGAUUAUCAAGGAAAGAUUUGUUGACAAGUAUCAGCUUCUUCAAAGAAGGAAUCGAGUUGUUGUAUGAAGUGUUUGACAAGGUAAGGUCCCAAAGCGGUUUUGGUGCGGUAACAGCACGAGCGGCUUGUGCUGAAACAGUUUGUGUCGCUCAAGAAAUGAAAAAUUUGGAGCUUAGUGACCUUGAUGAGUCCGAAACGAGAAAGCUCGGUCAAGCAAAGGAAGCUUUCAAAGAUGCUCGUCAAAAAGCAACAGAAGCCUUCAACAACGAAGCACUAGAAACAUCCGACCGUAUUCUAGCCAUGCAAUACCGAGUUAUGGCGACAAUACUGGAAGCAGUGGACAAUCCCGCGGAUGCAUUAGCACGAUGCAGGGUGUGUAUUGACGAUUUACACUCCAUGGCAGCUGUAAAGAAAAGUUUCGAUGUUCAGCCUAAAAAAGGACUCCAGGCAGUCAGGGGUUUGGUCGGUAAAGAGGAAAGGAGGGAAAUCAUCUGCAAUGUCUAUCACGUGAAUCCUGUCAUCUAUGACGUCAGGUUAGCGUUUGGUGAAGAUUUGUCUUUUGCUAUCUAUCCCACUCAUGUUGUUGAUACCGGAAAAGAAGACGUUGAAUUAUUCACGGACGAAAGAGUAAUCAAAAUUCUGCGCAAGCAAGGCAUAGAGCACUGUUGUGUAACACCUUGGUCAUUUGGUGCGGCGGGUGAAGAGGAGCAGCAGUUGAAGGAGCCGUGGGGUAUCACUACAAACUCCAACGGAGAAUUCAUCGUUGGGGAAUAUGACAAUGGUUGUGUGAAGGUGUUUGACAGGGGCGGCAAGUUUGUGAAACAUUUUAGUCUCCCUACUGAUGAAGUAGAUUCAAAGUUAUUUAUCUAUGAUGUAGCCACAGACAUCAACGACAACAUCUUCGUGCUGACCGAACUGCAGAAGCCUGGAACUAAGAGAUCUUGGUGGGUUUAUAAACUUACAAAAACCGCUGACCUGCAUCACACGUUUCGUCUGAGAAAAGAGGACUGGUCCAGGGGAUUGUCAGUCAGUGACGCUGGAAAAAUACUGACAUUGAGGAACACGAGAGCAGUGGAGGAAUAUAACACUAAUGGAGAGUUUGUUCGCAACUUUGGAGAAGGAAUAUUGCAUAACGCGUCGGAUAUCACUAUCGCUAACGAUGGCCAUAUUAUGGUGGGGAACUUUGAUGGUGUUCACAUAUUCAGUGAACACGGCGACCACCUUAACUAUUUUCAGCUGCAAAAUCCACAUCUCAAUUCUGUAGUUAGGCUUACUUAUCUCCGAGCAGGUAAACAUGUCGUUGUCGCUUCUUCGAUGAAACAACUCCUGCAUGUAGAAACAUACACCAAUGAUGGUAAGUUUGAGCGCAGGGCUCAAAUUCGACGAGAGCGUUCCUACUGGCUUAAAGGCAUUGCACUGACUACUGAUGGACGCAUUGCUGUUACUUCAUCUUUCUCAACUGAGGUGCUCAUUGUGUGAAAACCUUACAUUUCCUUUUUCACAGUGUUGUUUUGGAAAGCUUUACGAGGAACUGAUAACUGUAAGCUUUUCCAAAACAGGAGUUUUAUGAGUUGAAUCAUGUCAUAGUUAUUUCCUGAUUUAUUAUAUUAACUUUGAAAUCCCUAGUAAUCCUGGCAACCUCAUUGGUGCAAUUUAUUCACAAUUGAUUCAAUUUGUAUUAUUAAAAUUCUAUUUUUAAAAAAGAAAAACUUGACA